CCCGCAUUUGCAGACGUCAUGUAGAUCCACACCGACCUACCUUUAGCUUAGCCUUUCAAACUCUUCCUUUAUUCAACUAGAUGUGUUUGGGAGCUCGCCUGUUCCGGUUGUAAUUAAGAAGCUGGAGGUUAAUAACGCCGGACAGACAGUUGUGAAGGCUGACUGUUCAUCCGACAGCUUUAAACAGCUCUGUGUUUCGUGAUAAGGAGUGAAUUUCAUGCGUUAGCUCGAGCUGAUCUACAGAAGAAACAGCAGUCAUGGGCUCCAGAGCUUCAUCUUUACUCAGAGAGGAGGACAUUGAAGAAAUCAAGAAAGAAACUGGAUUCUCCCACAGUCAGAUCACUCGCCUCUACAGCCGCUUCCACAGUCUCGAUAAAGGAGAGAACGGAGCGCUCAGCCGAGAAGACUUCCAGAGGAUUCCUGAGUUGGCCAUAAAUCCUCUUGGUGAUCGGAUAAUUAAUGCCUUCUUCCCAGAGGGGGAGGAUCAGGUGAACUUUAGGGGCUUCAUGAGGACUCUGGCUCACUUUCGUCCUGUGGAGGAUAAUGAGAAAAACAAAGACCUGACUUCUGGCGAGCCGCUCAACAGCAGGACCAACAAACUCCACUUCGCUUUCCAGUUAUAUGACCUUGACAGAGACGACAAGAUCUCCAGAGAUGAGUUGCUACAGGUGCUGAGAAUGAUGGUAGGCGUGAAUAUUUCUGAUGAGCAACUUGGAAGCAUUGCAGACAGAACCAUCCAGGAAGCUGACACUAAUGGAGACAUGUGCAUCUCCUUUAGCGAGUUCACCAAGGUAUUGGAAAAAGUGGACGUCGAACAGAAGAUGAGCAUCCGCUUCCUUCACUGAAAACCAAAUGCGUUCUGAACUCUGAUUUGAAACCAUCAGUGUCAAUAGAGCUGAGACACGCCCCUGACUCUUCUCUCUGUGGGCUGAUUCAUCCUUUAUAAACAUGAUUGUGUUGUCAUGGUUACGUUUGUUCCAAUCAUCUGUCACUCUUGAGUUGCUGUUGCACCAGAAGGGUGGGUCCAGUGCCUUUACUAUUCUUUUAUCACAUAUGUUGAAAUCAUAUUUAUUCCAGCUGUGAAAGCAGCUAGUUAAAACUUUCCAAAUGGGGAAGGUGUCAUUCAUAUUGAUACUGAUGGAUGCUUGCUGUAAUGCCCAUUUAGUCACCAUCUUAAAGGCCAAAUCUUAUACUUCUAUAAUUUAUAAAUGAGUUUCUAAGGAAUUUUUUUCAUGAGAAACUUUCCUUAUCACCUGUGAAAAUGAUAUUUCGCCUACAAAAAUACCUCUCAAUUCAUUUUUUUCUUUUAUUGUAAGGGUGUUUUCUUUCUCAUAAUGGAUAAUGAUUGUAAGUCAACAUGUUAGAGGGAGUGAAAUGGUUGAAAUAAACAGAAGAGAAUCAGGUCAGUUGAGUAUUUAUAAUAAUAAGUUAUUCUACACACCCAUUUCUUUUUUUUUUAAAAAACAUGUAUGCAUAGUCAAGUCUCAGUUUUUUUUUUUUUUUAAGGUGAAGCAGUAAAAUAAGAUCUGUUUAAGCAUCCAAAUUUGACAUGACAACGUUACCCGAAAUACUAACCUUAAGCAUUAAACAGUAGAGGAUGUGUUUCACACUAGCAUUUUUGUGAACUCAAAUUAUGCACAUUUCAUCUGAUCUAUAUCUUACAAUUCUUUUGCCUGGCAGAUGAUAACAGUCAAAAUCUGUUAGACUUGCAUUUUAAGGAAGGACUCGAGAUAUAGAGGGACCAGAAUAUAAUAGAAACUUGUGCUGCAUGGGCUCUUUUAAUUUAGACUGGAAAACAAACAUCUGCCUAACAACGGGAAAAAGUCACUUCGAAACCCUAAGCAACCCCAUAGUAUUUUGCACAGCCAAACACCACUCACUUCCUUCAGAAAGUGUACAAAUUUUUGCAGUUCUCUAUAACGGUACAGAAAUUACGUGCGCCACCUUUUCAGCUCUUGUUCAUUCAGUGAAGUCCGUUUCUAAAUUAACCAGUGGUUUAAUGUUGGCUUUGAUUUGUUCUCCUUGAUGCAUGUUCUCAGAGUUGUCUUGCAUCAUUGUUUAUAAGAAGUGUACUUGGAAUCGAAAGUCACAGCCCUACUACAUCACUGUGCUGUUCUCUCAGUUAUUCAACCGUUGACUGAACACUUAAUUCGAUCAGGGUGGCAGCAACAGUCUGUUGCAUUUUAACGCUUUUUGUCUUUGCUUUAUAUAUGAACAUAAUCAAAGUUCCGUGCCUGUGUCCUUGACGGAUAUAAACACUGAUUAUUUGAUUAUCAAUGCUACAAUUAAAUCCACCUGUCAUUCACAGGUGCUUGAAAUUCUGCAGAGCUUCUUGCGGAUUCUUGCUUUAUGUACAGAUUUCUUAAAGGGGACUUCGGAUGCCCAUUUUCCACAAGUUGGUAUGAUUCUUUAGGGUCUUCAUGAAAUUUUGGUAACAUACCUUGGUUAAAAUUCCUCAGUGGUCGUGUAAAACGACACCCUUUUUACCUGGUCAAAAAUAGUUUAAAGCGACUCGUUUUGGUGCAUGUCUCUUUAAAUGCUAAUGAGCUACUGCUCACCCCACCCUUCUCUUCCGUGGGGCGUCUCCUCACAAGACACCGGAAUAUAUCUUUAUAAGUCUCCGAGGUGGUCUUACUCCAAUAGCUGUCUAUCUAUGUAGAAACUAGGGAUGUAACGAUUAACUGUGAGCCGUCACGAUCCUAAUAGGCUGAGAUGCCAAAUAAAUCAUGAUACAAUUGGAGUAGGAGUUUAUAUGAAUGUAUCUCUAAAGGGGAACUCGCAUGUCUUUAGAAAAGUUUACGUGGUAUUUUCUUUUCAUCUUGCCUCUGAACAAUUCAUAUUAAAGGAGCGUUCAUUACAGCAGUAACCCAGGAAACUCUGUAUCAUUGCUGUUCAUAAGCGCCACCUGCUGUCAGAGAGUGAAUUUGCGUCUCAUUCAGUUCAUCUGCUGUUUCGCUCAGAUGUGAUUUUUGUAAUAUAGUUUCACAAAACUAAAGUCAGACCAUUCUGUUUUAGCUUCAAAUUUCGAAAUUAUACAGUCUAAUUUAGAUUAAAAACUAUUCAUGCUGCAUGUGUGCUGCAUAUUUGUUUGGAUCAUGAUUAAAAACCAGUGGUUGCCUCGAAUUUUAAAUGAAAUGAGCACAGACAAAGCCAUUUCUGUUAUUUGUGUAACUUGCUUGUUUGUUUUAAAAGUUAGAUUUCAAUCUCACAAAGAAACGUGCAGCAAUAGCCUAAUAAAAUGUCACCUUUUCAUUUACUGUAUAAUGUCUUCAAUCUCAUUUUGUAAAAAAAAUCAUGAGAAAAUCAAAUCGUGAAUCGAGCCGUGAUUUGAGUGAAUCGUUACAUCUCUAGUAGAAACUGGCUGGAAAUUGAAACGGUUCACUGGAUCGUUUCACACUCAGACAGCCCUUAACAAACUGGCUGUGUGUAUUCUUUUGAGCUUUUCUGAGCUUGCAGACACUCCAGAAUCCUAAAUUAAUGCAAAACUUCAAAAAAAAGAGUGAAAAUUACAUCCGAUGUCCCCUUUAUUUAAGUCUGACUUUUAAAUAAGCUUUCUUGAGAACAAUUAAAGGAACUCAUUCAGUGUAAUAUUCAUGAUGUACACUUAAGAUGUGGAUUCUGUGAUUUAAUUGUGUAUGAUUUUGAUUCAAAUAAAAAGUGCCAUGAUUCCCUGG